AUGGCUGGUGGUAGCGAAAAACGGGUAUUCCUCGACAUGUCGGUGGAUGAGAAGCCAGUCGGCCGCAUCGAAAUAAAACUGUUCACGACUGAAGGUUUGAGAAGAAGAGAAAACUGUAAGAGCCGACUGGGUGUUUCAGCUCCGAAAACGUGCGAAAACUUCCGUGCGCUGUGCACUGGAGAGGCCGGAAUGGCUUCGAACAACAAGGCGCGUCUGCACUACAAGGGCAACGAAAUGCACCGAAUCGUGCGGAAAUUUAUGAUUCAGGUGCUGAAAAUUUAUAGGAUUCUGGAGGGAAACGGUAGAAAAUUCAGGGCGGAGACAUCACCGAAGGAGAUGGAAGAGGCGGCUAUUCGAUCUACGGUCGGUACUUUGACGACGAGAAAUUCCGACUGAAACACUCGAAACCGUAUCUUCUGUCGAUGGCUAACAAGGGACCGAACUCGAACUCUUCGCAGUUCUUCAUAACGACUGCGCCGGCGCCCCACUGCAAUGAUAAGCACGUCGUCUUCGGAGAGGUCAUCAAGGGCCAGGACGUCGUCGAUCUCAUCGAGAAUCUCGAAUGCGACGACGGCGCGAAGCCGAAGGUGAAGGUGGUAAUCGCCAAUUGUGGAGAGCUCGUCAAGAAGAAGAAGAUUCUGACGGACGAAGAAGACAAAGCGGCUCUGGAGGCAAAGAGAUUGGAGGAACGAAACAAGAUUCCGGACUGCCCGAAAUCAUGGCUUUAUCGAAAUGAUGGCAAUGAUGAGCGGGAAAAUGAGAACAGAACAAUUCGAAGAAGAGACAGGAGCAGAGAAUCAAGACGGAGAACAUCGAGAAGCAGAGAAAGAAGACGUGAUCGCUAUAAUGUGAGCGAGAACGCAAAACUGAUCAGAAAAAUCCACUUUCAGAGCGGCGACGGCCGGGACAGCUCAUCAAAUAACGGGGGAACCCGUGUUCGUGGACGCGGAACCACCCGAUUUCGUCGCGAGAGAUCGCUGACUCCGGAGCAUUGGAAAAGAAAUGCUCCGAAGGUAUUCAAAUUCACAUCUCCCUUAACUUGAUUUAUUUUCAGAAGUGGGCUAACGUUACCGAACAACCGGAUCUCAUCGGAUCCCAUUCGCCCGCAAAACAAAAAAUAAUAUAG